AAGCCACAUCAUCAUGGAGGUUUGGAUUAGAUGACAGAAACCUUUAGACUUUAGAUCCCUCGCCCACAGAAUGCCUCCAUUAAAACCCCUCCUCCGUCUUAACCGCCCACGGGUCGCCUUUCCCAAUGCACACCUCCCUCACCGAACAUUCCUCACUGCACCUCCCUCAACCCACCACGAAAAACAUCAUCUCGGUUAUACUCCCAAACAGCUCUACGCACUUGUAUCCAACAUCAACUCCUACCAUCUCUUUGUACCGUGGUGUGCACACUCGCAAGUCCUUUCACACAAGAAACUCAAUGGAAAAGAUGUUUUGAAAGCAGAGUUGGGCGUUGGGUUUAGGGCUUUUAGUGAAAACUAUGUCAGUGAGGUUACGUGUGUUCCAUAUGAGCGGGUCCAGGCUGUAGCCUCAAACUCGACCCUCUUCCGUACGCUUAUUACAACCUGGAAAUUCGCACCAGGGACACCAACCAACACAACCCCAGAUUCCCCAACGACCCUUGUAGAUUUUUCUAUUGCCUUUCAAUUUAAAAGCCCGCUGUAUGCCCAUCUAUCGAACCUAUUUUUUGAAGAGGUUAGUAAAGUCAUGGUGGGGGCUUUUGAGGAGCGAGCGAGAAAGGUUUAUGGGCCUCCGGCGAUAGUUCGACGGGUGGGAGACAGGCGGUAGAUGAGUGGUUCGCCGCACUUGGCAAUAUAGAGAACAUAGGAUUAGAUCGUAGUGAUUAAUCUACAUUUGAUAUUCAUUAGCGUUAAUUUACUGACUGUCCCGGAAUCUUACUGAAAAAUAAACAAAUUGUAAGAGUUCAC